GCCGCCGCCUCCGGACCGGCCCCGCCAUGUCGGCCCAGGCACAGAUGCGGGCCCUGCUGGACCAGCUCAUGGGCACGGCCCGGGACGGUUCAGUGUAUCUUUGCCUGCCUACAUCAAUCUGCAAGGGAGUUGCAGAAAAGCCUCAUGUUCAUCGAGCCGUGAGUCACAACCAAUUUUUAAAGCUGUUAUAACAAAAAAAAAAAAGUGUUUGCUUUUUUUCACAAGUAACUUUAAAAGUGUAGCUUAGAAAGAAAAAAAAAUUAAAAAAAUUUCAGUAGACACGACAUUAUUCCUGGAUGCUUGUGAAUCCUAAACUAUUUUCAUACUUUAGUAUUACACAUACCUGUGUCAUAUGCACAGAUGAGCUUUAAAAUUGUCACAUACCAUUACCACUUUGCCUUUACUUUUAUGUAUCAUUCCCCUGACUUCCUUACUGCAGGUGUGGGCAAGAAAGCUUUUCCUUUAAAACUUUUCAACAGUGGGCAUAAAAUUCUGCAGCUGAGGUCUUGAAGAAUGCAGAUGGGUAUAGUAUGUGUUGGAGCUCGCAGUGUGUAUUGACUAACUUUGUUCCUUUUUUUAUAUUAUUUAUUUUUUUGCUUUUCUGAUAUUGUCUCGUUUAAGUGGCUCCUGAGUGUAAAAUGUCCUCUGAGGGUGGGCUGGGGGUGGGCAGCACGUGGUGUGUUCCAGGCCAGCACCUGCCAGCUCCUUCCUCGCAGGGCCUGGGAGAGCACACCCUGCAUAGCUGGGUUCCAAACAAACCGACAGAUGAUGGCUCAAUUAUCACCUGAGCAAAGAGCAGUUGCCUGUCAGUUUUGCCCAGCACAGCCCUGUUUUGUGAUCUGCUAGCAGUGGGGUUUGGUAUCUCCUGCCCCUUUUUCACUGUAAGAAAAAGAAAGGGUGGAGAAAAUAACCAGGUUUUGGCUGGGAGCCAGCCUGUCUGUCUCCUUUUCUCCUCUGGCUGUGCUGCUGCUUUAUGUGGAUGACAGGCCUUGGACAUUGCUUGGCUCACCAGCACUGUGUUUAACAUGGUGUCCUGGAUGAAUAAAUGCUAAAGUAGUGUUUGUUGCCAAUUAUAAGUGUUCCAGAAUAUCCUGUUACCCUCUAAGCUUUUUUUUUUUUAAUUUUUUUUUGAGUAAUUUUGGGGAGCAGGAGCACCAAAUAUUUUAAUCUGCAUAUAGAGGUGAAAUGUUCAUGCUGAUGCCUGUGUUGUCCUGGUGUUCUAAUGUCUCCUUAUUUAAACCACACAUGAAUUGCAGGGGAUGAAACCAGACAAAGGGUGAAGUUUACAGACGACCGUGUGUGCAAGAGCCACCUGCUGGAUUGCUGUCCCCACGAUAUCCUGGCUGGAACAAGAAUGGACCUGGGAGAAUGUACAAAGAUCCAUGACUUGGCUCUGAGAGCAGAUUAUGAGAUUGCAAGUAAAGAGAGAGACCUGUUUUUUGAGCUGGAUGCCAUGGAUCACCUGGAAUCCUUCAUUGCAGAGUGUGACAGGAGAACAGAACUGGCCAAGAAACGCCUGGCUGAGACACAGGAGGAGAUCAGUGCUGAAGUGUCUGCAAAGGCAGAGAAAGUCCAUGAGCUGAAUGAAGAUAUUGGAAAACUCCUAGCUAAAGCAGAGCAGCUGGGAGCUGAAGGAAAUGUUGAUGAGUCUCAGAAGAUCCUGAUGGAAGUGGAGAAAGUCCGGGCGAAAAAGAAAGAGGCAGAGGAAGAAUACCGAAAUUCAAUGCCUGCAUCCAGUUUCCAGCAGCAGAAGCUGCGUGUGUGUGAAGUCUGUUCAGCAUAUCUGGGUCUCCAUGACAACGACCGGCGUCUUGCUGACCACUUUGGAGGCAAAUUACACUUGGGUUUCAUUCAGAUUCGUGAGAAACUGGAUCAGCUGAGGAAAACAGUGGCAGAAAGGCAAGAGAAGAGAAACCAGGAUCGUUUGAGACGGAGAGAGGAGAGAGAACGAGAGGAGAGGAUGGGCAGACGGUCUGGAUCAAGAAACAGAGAUCGUCGAAGAUCCCGGUCCCGCGAGCGGAGGCGGAGACGCUCCAGAUCAGCCUCCCGGGAGCGGCGGAAGUCGCGCUCGCGCUCCCGGGACCGACACCGGCGCCACCGGAGCCGCUCCCGCAGCCACAGCAGAGGGCACCGCCGGGGCUCCAGAGACAGGAGCUCAAAACACAAAUCCUCUAGAGAUCGAUCUUCAAGAGAAAAGUCCCGAGACAGAGAGAGGAAAGAGAAGAGCUCUUCUGAGAGGAGGCACGAGAGCACAAAUGGCAAAUCUCGUUCCAAGAGGUCAGAAGAGAGAGAAGCUGGCGAGAUUUGAACUCAAACGAUCUGUGUUGCACUGUAAAUAGUCUGAUAAACAUUCUACACAAAGCCUAAAUUUCCCAUUUAUAUUUACUGAAUACAACUCAUCUUUUGUAGUUUGGGAUUUUUAUUGUUUGGCAGAUAGCUGUGAGUUUGUAGAGACACAAGAGUUACGUACUGUUUAACAGGAUUUUGUUUUAGUAGGAAUAAAUAAAUCUGGAUGGAUGGUUUGCAGUCCA